CUUCCGGGUUCUAAUGUUUACAACUGGCAGCAGCGUUGGGAUCACAGAGCUGUGUUCCUGGCUCAUCAAAAUCAUAUCUAUGUUCCAACAACAUGUUCUGGAAGUGCUAGGAUUUACAGAGUGUGACGGCUGCAGGGCUCCAUCAUCAGGAUCUGCUGCUGAGAUUCCAAGAAUCGAUAAACUAUGAAGAAAAGUAGACGUCCAAGGCCAUCGCAGAGCAGCGGGACGCAGACGAGCGUCACUGAGGAGAAGAAGCCGUCUGGAAACAGAGGCCGACCUAAGAAGACCGUCCCUGUUACCACUGACAACCUUUACCAUGACGACGCAGAAAAAGACAACAUGGCUGACUUAGACUGCAGUGUGAACGCAGCUGUCGACACACAGAAACCUCCAGAGGGCAAGACCAGAGCCGCAGGUCGCCUGUCCACCGCCCUCUGCCGGCUCUGCCACGGGAAGUUCUCUCUGCGCAGCCUGCGGCACGCCUUCAACAGGAGGCCCCGGGGGGCCGCGGAUAUUACUGACGAUGAGCCGACGUCCCUCCUCUUAUUCCACACAGACUUCCAGCGACUGGUGGGGGUCCAGUUGGAUCGCGACCCCCGAUUAUCAGAGUUCAUUUGCAAGAAAUGCCACUCCAAGUUCUACAAGUGCCACAGCAUCCUGAUCCGGUUCCUGCAGAGAGUCAACCUCCCACCGGUCGGGAAAGAGAACCUGAAGAGCUGGAAGAAGUGUCCAGAAGCCUCAGUAAACCAUGUCCCGAUAACUCCUCACUCCUUCACCUCAGACCCUCAGUGCCUCCACAGCCUCGUGUCCUGGGCCCACCAUCACGGGGGGGCCUGCCGCUCCUGUCCCGACCUGAAGGAGGUGCUGGAGGGCCGGGGCUGGGGCUCUGUUCAGGCCGCCUGGGGGUGUGUUGAUGGUCACAGAUAUAUCAUGGACACUCAGUGCACCCCAGCUGCACAACCAUUCUCUAUGAACUCAUGCAGUGGGAGGGACAAUGGAGAGGGAGGGGUGUCUUGGGAGGAGGAACAGGAGGAGGAAGAGGAGGGGCGCAGCGGGAAUGUGAGGACAGCAUCGGGGAGUGUGAGCACUUUAGCUCAGCACAGUCCGGACUGGACCUGCAACCCUGAAGACUUCACAGGUCAUGACGAAGCGUUGUCCCCUGCUGUGGCCCCACUGGAGGACAGGGCCCCCGACAGUGAUCUGUCUGACAGGGUGAUCUCCGAGGAUGACCUUGAGGAGAGUAGGAGAGGGCGGUUAUCUGACGAUGAGUUUGAACCAGACAAAAGGGUGAGCGUCCCCAACAAGAGAAGAAGGAGCCCGAAGGCCCAGGAGGAGCCCAAAGUUAGAAAAAAACCUGGACCCAAACCCGGCUGGAAGAACAAGUUGAAACCUAAAGCAGAGGAGCUGCCUAACAUCUACAAGUGUCCGUAUCAGGGCUGCACCGCCGUCUACAGAGCUCCUGAUGGUUUGAAGAAGCACAUCAAGGAGCAUCACGAGGAGAUGAAGGAGCGGCCCUGCCCUCACCCCGGCUGCAACAAGGUGUUCAUGAUCGACCGCUACCUGCAGCGCCACGUCAAGCUCAUCCACACCGAGGAGAGGAACUACAUCUGUGACCAGUGCGGCCAGACCUUCAAACAGAGGAAACACCUCUCAGUUCACCAGAUGAGACACUCCGGGGCCAAGCCACUGCAAUGUGAGGUGUGUGGUUUCCAGUGUCGCCAGCGAGCAUCGCUUAAAUACCACAUGACCAAACACAAGGCGGAGGCGGACCUGGACUUUGCGUGCCUGAUGUGCGGGAAGCGCUUCGAGAAGGCCCACAACCUGAACGUCCACAUGUCCAUGGUGCACCCGCUGAUCCAGGCCAAGGUCCAGAGAGGGGGCAGCGAGCAGCCGCCCUACUCUGAGCUGCACGCACUGGCUCUGAGCGGGGAGGGGGGGCAGCAGGAGCAGGACAGAUGACAGCAGGCGUGCUGCACCGGGACAUAACACCCCCCCCCCCCCCCCCUGAUGUUUAUCUCUCUUCUCUUCCAAUAUACAAAUGAUCAUCUAGGUUAAGAGCCAAGCUGUUGUCUGAAACAUUAAGUUUCAUUUUAGAAGAUAUAGGAUAUUUACUGUAUUAUGGAAAGCUUUAGAGUGUGUAAUUAUCCUUUUCAUUCCAAACUUAAGCUGUUAUUCCAUUGUCAGCCUCUUCUGACCACAUGUUUAGGAUUUGUAGCUUUCUUUGGGAAUAAACAGGCAUCCUGGUGCCUGUCACAGUUCUGGUGCCUGUCACAGUUCUGGUGCCUGUCACAGUUCUGGUGCCUGUCACAGUUCUGGUGCCUGUCACAGUUCUGGUGACUGGAAUAUAUGCAUCUGUACACACAGUUUAUCUGACAGCAGAAACACAAAGUCGCAUAUAAACCGUUUGACCGACAGAAAUGCAGUCCUUUCCUGCAAUAGUUUUGUUAGCUGAAAAUAUUGUGAAGUACUUGUAUGCAGUGUGUAUCUUCCUCACACAGGAUGACUUCCAAUAACUGUUUUAUUUUGUCACUGUUUUAAAUUAAGUUAUUACAAUGCUUGAAUCUGUAUUGAAAACAGUAAAAGGGCUUCAGGUGUUCAUGUGUAUAAUACGUCCUUUGUGCAUUUAUUAUGUAUACAAAAAUGAAUAGGAGAGACGGGGGUUCCUCUGCCUGACGUCAGCGAGCAGCUUCAGAGGAACUCCAUCUCUGGGCUGUCGGGGUCCAGCUGCAGAGAGAGAGCUGCUGACACCUCGGGGUCCAACGCUGACACCUGGGACUCCAGCUGCACCAGACAGGAAGGAGAGGGGGGGGCAGGGACGUGUCUUUGUUAGAAAAGUUGGUGGUUUUUACUGCAUUAAGCGGCCCCCGCAAAUAAUACAUACAUACAGAAUACACAUAUUCUAACAAUAUUUGACAAAAUUGGCCAUUACCAGAAGUGGGGGGGACAUUUCCCCAGUACAGUGGGUGCAGGCUUGAGGAGUAACGGGAUUACGUAAUCAGGAUACAAAGAAGUUAACUGCAUUCCUUUAAAGUUACAUAAUAAGACGUAAUCAGAUUACGGUUACAUUUCUAGAAGUUGGGGAUUACUGACAGGAUCGUCCCACAAAGGGACGAUCCUGUCAGUAACAUUGUUACAGCAAAAGUAAAGAGCCAAACAUAGUUUAAUAUUAAUUAAGAAGACAUGCAUAAAAUAUUUAAGAUAAAAAUGGAAAUUACAAUUUACAAAAUACACAUCAAGUAUCAGUAACGGUAUUUAAAAAGUGUAGCAUGUACAGUAUAAAAAGGGUGUGAUAGCAGCCAGGUGAUUGUAUUAAAAGUAGAAGUAUAGUUAUUGGCAGUUAUUUACAGAUUUAUUACAGAAGUUGAAUUGUCAAACUAAGAGACAGCAGCCAGUAAUAAUAGUAAUAAUAAAUAUGAAGCGGUAUAUAUAUAUAUAUAUAUAUUGCACAACAGGGGUGAUAUAUAGUCUGACAAUGUUAGUGUUAGUACAAGCUAAAAAAGCUCAUGUAGUGUUUGUUUUAAAGGAUCAGAUAUGAUCUCUUCUCUUAGAGCUAUACGCCUACUGCCUGAAUCUGCUUUAUGGUUUCACUUUCUUUGGUUCAUUUGUUCUGUUUUUAAUUCAGCAGGUGAACUAUAUGGUCAUUAAAUAGUGUGUGUAUUAAACUAAAACGGAGCUCAGACUUUAUUUCUGCUUUUUUAAACUGUAGUAUGUGCUCAUGUGUUUCAGCGUUGGUGUAUAGGCUGCUGCCUGAAUGUGCUGAAUAAAGGCAGCUUUUCCUAUCAAUAAAAUCAUUUAGGAUCUUA